AUGGCCACUUGGACAAUACAAGCUCUCUCAUUGGCACUGUGCCUUUCAGCAGGAUUUCAACAGGGAUAUAUAGCAUCCGUUCUCAAUCAACCAUAUCUUCAAAUACAAAAAUUCAUCAACGAGUCAUGGAUCUAUCGAACUGGCCAUCCAAUGGGAUCAGGAACCCUUGUAGGUUUGCUAGUCUUGGCACAAUUGCACCCGACGUAUAAGUCUUACUUCUUCCAGGAUAUGCUGUGGUCCUUUCUCAACAUCUGCUUUCCGAUAGCAAUGAUUUUUGGGCAGUUUUUGGCUGCUUACCUCUGCAGACGGAUCGGUAGGAGAUAUACGGCAUUGCUGGCGAGUGCUCUGUACAUUCCUGCCACGCUCCUCAGUGCCGCUUCAAAAAUCUGCUUUCCUGCAUUCGAGAUGUUGUUCGUUGGGAGAAUUCUUUGGUCUCUCGCCUGUGGAAUAAACAGCGUCAAUGCAACUGUUUGGAUCGUGGAAUGUGCACCUCCUGCCAUACGUGGCCGGAUGGCGGCAAUGCAGGAAUUCUUCAUGGCUAUUGGUGCCUUAAUAACACAAGCGCUUGGAGUGCCCUUUGCGGACGAUGCUCUGUGGCCGUGGAUUUUUCUGCCGAAUGUCGCUUUCGUAAUAGCGUCGAUGAUAAUGUUUGGCUUCCUUCAUGAUUCGCCUCAAUAUAUCAUACAAAAAACGGGCGACCCAGAACAAGCGGACUAUGGCGUCAUCAAAACUGAGCACAGCUCAAUGGCUAUACUAUUCAUGCCAUGGAAGGCACGCGAUCCAUUGUCCCAGGUUAUUCGUCAUGGAGCCUGGCUGGGCGUGAUGGUCAAGAUCGCAUACGUCUUCACUGGUGCCAGAUGUAUCCGUGCAUACUCUACUUUUAUCCUCUAUUCAAUGGCUGGCUGGUCGCACAAAGCUGCGCUGUUUGAAUCUCUGAUGAUAGGAUUUGCACGAUUGCCUACAACCCUUAUACCGGUGCUGCUGGUUGACCGUUUCGGUAGACGGCCGCUGCUUAUCAUAUCCACAAUCGUUUGUUUUAUUUCACUCGGGUUAAUGAUUGUCGGAAUCGAUAUUGGACCAAGCUGGAGGAUUGCGACAUUGGUUGGCCUGACCACAGUUCUUCUGAUCAGCGCGUGUGGAAUCGGAUCGCUUUCACGGUUCUAUGCUGCCGAAUUGGUGCCUCGAAGCAUUCUUCUCGAGUCCACCUCAAUCCUUACAAUGUUCGAAGCGCUGACGAAGAUAGGAAUCGAAUUCGCCUUCUACCCCCUGGCCAAUGUGGUAGGUGCAUCAAGCAUUUUUGAGCUAGUGCUUUUUUCGCACGAAAGUGGUGUGUGA